GGCUCCGCCCCUCCCCGGGUGGCCAGCCGGCGUCCCGUCGGGCGCCACGCAGGGUCAGCGCGGGGUCAGCGUGGGGUCGGAGGGUCAGGCGCGUUGCGGUUCCGACGGGUCCCCGGCUCCCCGGCUUCGCGGCCAGUCCGGGCGUGCGCAGGGCAGGAUGUACACGCUGCUGUCAGGCCUGUACAAGUACAUGUUCCAGAAGGAUGAAUACUGCAUCCUGAUCCUGGGUCUGGACAACGCCGGGAAGACGACCUUCUUGGAGCAGUCAAAGACCCGGUUCAACAAGAACUACAAGGGGAUGAGUCUGUCCAAAAUCACUACCACUGUGGGCCUAAACAUCGGCACUGUGGACUUCGGAAAGGCCCGCCUCAUGUUCUGGGACUUAGGGGGGCAGGAAGAGCUGCAGUCUUUGUGGGACAAGGAAGCACCCCAGAAGGGUCUUCCAGCUGGGGGCUGCCUCGAGGUGGCCGGGUGCCCACGGCUCAGCACCCCGUUCUGCUCCCGCCCAGUACUACGCAGAGUGCCACGGCGUCAUCUACGUCAUCGACUCCACGGACGAGGAGCGGCUGUCCGAGUCCAAGCGAGCAUUCGAUGGUCACAAGCGAGGCGCUGGACGGUGUCCCCAUCCUGCUGCUGGCCAACAAGCAGGACAUUGAGACUUGCCUCUCCAUCCCCGACAUCAAGACUGUGUUCAGUGACUGCGCCUCCAAGAUCGGCAGGCGCGACUGCCUGACCCAGGCCUGCUCGGCCCUCACGGGCAAGGGGGUGCGCGAGGGCAUCGAGUGGAUGGUGAAGUGCGUCGUGCGGAAUGUGCACCGGCCACCGCGGCAGCGGGACAUCACAUAGGCGCAGCCGGCCCAGGGCGCCCACCGCUCGUCCUGAAAAGCUCCUGCUGGCCCCGCGUCGCUGAUCCCCCCGGGGGCUGGGUUGGAUUUGCCUUGUGGUGGUUCUACUUGCUUUGUUUUUCUUCUAAGACAAACUUUUCUCUGUAUCCAGAAAAGCGUAGGCAUCCGGAAGCUUCUUCUGUCGAGGGGAGCUGGGGCGGCAGGGACCCCACCAGACCCCCACAUUGGGCCUGGACCCCGCCCCCGAGGCCCAGUUUUGGAGCCCCGGGGUGAGGCCUUGGCAGGCCACCACUCCCUUUGGAGCUGCUGCUCCAGCAGGCCUACUGGCCUGGAUCCUCGUGGGCCCUUGUGGGGCAGCUGCUUGGAGCUGCGUUUUUCCAGAGGUGUGGGGCCCUUCACAGUGCCCAGCGCUGCUCCAUACAUCGUGCCCACGGAGGGGGCUGGGGGGCCAUGGUUGUCCUCAGCUUCUGUCCCCUCUGAUCCUGGAGGUGGGCUGGCGGGCUGGUGUCAGCUUGAGGAAGACCUGGGGUUGCCUCCGUCCCUGUCCCGAUGCAGCCUCAGGACGGGGCAGGGGAGACCUACCUGGGAGGCUGUGUGCCCCCUCCACCGGCCCAGCCACCUUGUUUUGAUCUCCAGCAAGGACGGUAAAGCUGGGAGGUUGUGUUGGGAGUGGGCAUCCCCCCCAAGCCUGCCUGCCACCCACCUAGGAUGACCACAGUUACCACCUCGGGGGUUGGGCUGGUGGUGUGCUGGGCCUGGGCUUCCAGCUGGCGGUGAAGGGCGGGGUCCCCCUCAGGGCUGGGGCGAGCCACCUAGAAAUCCUUUUCCAGGCCUGUGUCCAGGAGCAGAGACCCUCUCACACGGCCCCUGCAGGAGGUGCCAACCCCCCGUGAGCCUAGCCGUGGGUGAAAUAAAGACAGUUGGAGUGGCUCCUGUGCACCUUUCCUCCAG